UAGGGCUGCAGGGUUCUGGUUGAUGCACGGGACAAGCUGGGGAUCCCUUGGCAGUACACGGAGAAUGAGAAGCAUGGGAUGUUUUUGAUGGCUUUUGAAAACAAAGCUGGGAUGCCCGUGGAGCCUGCCACCUUCCAGCUGUACGUGCCUGCCCUGGGCGCGCUGUGGAGGGAUUCGGGGAUCAAGGAAGCCUUCAGCCGCCGGAGCGAGUAUCAGCUGGGCGAAUCGGUGAAAUACUUCCUGGAUAACCUGGAUCGGAUCGGUCAGCUGAAUUAUUUCCCCAGCAAACAAGAUAUUUUGCUGGCUAGAAAAGCCACCAAGGGGAUAGUAGAGCAUGAUUUCAUCAUUAAAAAAAUACCUUUCAAGAUGGUGGAUGUAGGUGGACAACGAUCUCAGCGUCAGAAGUGGUUCCAGUGCUUUGAUGGAAUAACUUCCAUUCUGUUCAUGGUCUCCUCCAGCGAAUACGAUCAGGUUCUCAUGGAAGACAGGCGCACAAACAGACUCGUGGAGUCCAUGAAUAUCUUUGAGACAAUAGUCAAUAACAAGCUUUUCUUUAAUGUUUCUAUUAUCCUAUUCCUCAACAAGAUGGAUCUUCUAGUAGAGAAGGUAAAGACUGUCAGCAUUAAGAAGUAUUUCUCGGACUUCAGAGGCGACCCUCACAGGCUAGAAGACGUUCAGCGGUAUCUGGUGCAGUGCUUUGACAGGAAGAGGAGGAACCGCAGCAAGCCUCUCUUCCACCACUUCACCACUGCCAUAGACACUGAAAACAUCCGCUUCGUGUUUCACGCCGUGAAGGACACCAUCCUUCAGGAGAACCUGAAGGAUAUCAUGUUGCAGUGAAGGAGAGCAGCCCAUGUUCUGUUCGCGUUUGCCGGAGGGUUAGAUCAAAGUUUUUAUCCUUUCUUUAUGGCCCUUGCAUGUGGCGUAGGACCCAUGCUAAUUACUUGGCUCAGGAAUGCUGUAAACUAGCCAGUCCAAACAGAGGAGCUAUAGGCCAGAGGAGUCAAACGUUGAUGUUAGCUACUGAAUCAUUUGGACUAGAAACACUACUGAAACGUGGCCGUUGCAGGUUCUGUACCUAGUUUGGAAUGCUGAAUAACACAACCACCUUCUGCCUUCUUAGAAAAAAGAAAUCUCUAACAAACCAAGUAUGGAAGACACAUCGUUAGAAAUGAAUACGCUCGUUUUCCAGAGACACUGGUCAUACAAACUGCCUUUUUUUUUUUGUAGUUUGGAGGUGCUGAAUCGAUCAAACUAAUCUAAAUGUAAUGAGAUUGGCAGCUGUAUUGGAGAAUGUUAAUGGAAGUUCUAUUCUUAACCCUUAGGAAUAUAACCAGAGCUCGCGUGCAUAUUCAGUUUGGCCAAGGGUCUGGAAUCCACUCAUCAAGGUGGAUGCACAGCUCUUGUCUGAAGGUUUUGCAUGAGUCUCCUGAGGCAAAAGGCUAAAACUGCGCAAGGAAAGCCGUGUUGGAGUAAAUGGGAU